UUUCCUUUACAACUAAAACUACUUAAAAGUCAUUCAGCAAACUAAUAAUUCUUGAGGUUUAGGCAGCUGAGUAGGAUACAUAGAAUAUAUGUACAGCCAUUAAUGUUAGUGAGCUGUUAGAAGAGCUGUUUGCUUGUGGGGAGGUCCAGUCUAAGUACAGUAGGUACUCUAUGUUAGUAGCCUAACUAAUAUUGAAAACUUCCAGAACUGGUAAGUCUUUCUUUUUCUGGAUCAAAAUUUGUAUAUGUUUAUGGGAAUAACAAUGCUGAUAUAUUUGAAAAAUGUGUGUUUUUAUGAGCAAUAACAAGAUAACAUCAAAAUGAUGAAUUUAGGUAGCUGACUGCAUUCAAAAUGAUUGUUUCUUAUGUCUUAUCAUUUAAGAGUUAUUAACCCUGCCACAUUUAAGUGAACUGGAAAAAGCUAAUUAAUAUGUUGAAAACUUAAGCAAACUUAAAGCACAUCAAGGUAUAGGCCUACAUAUUUUAAACUCAAAUCUUAAUGUUAAACAAACAAACACAAAUGUAAUUUCCAUGUUGUCCUCUUCAUAGCUCACUGGCCUGAUUAUGACAAUGAAAACUGAAGAUAUUUAUAAUGUCAGCUCACUGCCUCCUAUCCUAGACUCAUACACAUCAGCACAGUGUCCCGAAAAGGCAGCCGGUCAGAGGCAGAGGAGACAACAAGGCCCCAGCAGAACAGGCAAGAUGCCGAUGGAGAUGACUUCUGCUCAUGCUGAGGAUUCUGAUCAAAUGCUUGAGAGAAAACGAAAAGCUCUUCUAGAUCAGCGCCAUCUGAAGACAUACUACAGACUACAGCGUAUGAAAGACCUGCUUUCACACCAGCAUGCUACACUACUGAGGGAAAAAGUUCAAAGACAAAGACAAGAGAUGAAGCACCAUGAUUCCAAACUUAGAGAAGGACACAAAGAACAGAAGCUUGUGACCAUUCAGAGGGCCACCAGAUCAACCCUCACACACGAUGAUGCAUACUUGAAGUGUCUUCCUAAAACACGCUUCUACCUGGUUCUGGAACUGCAGAAACAGCUGGCACGACUAGGGUAUCUUCAGAGCCGCAGGGAACAGGAGGUGUUCAGGGUCUGGACAGAACAGCACCGAAGCACAUGUCAACUUGAGAAGCAACUACAAGCAAUGGAACACAGCAGUAAUCCCAGCUCAGAUGUUACUCUUGAGAACAUGCUGAAACAGAAGUCUGGGUCUCUCCCGAAGCUUCAGAUCACACCUGAUGACUCCAGAGUACAACACAAACAUAUGUCAGUCUCACCAAGAGGGAAUGAAGGAGAGGUGAACACUUUCCAACAACAGGGCAAACAGAGCUGUGGACGGGAAGAAACUGAGCUCAUGUUUCCUGAGGUCUUCACUCGGGAGCUCAAAGUGCCUAAAUUUUCCAGUUUGCGGUCAACCUUUCUGGAAGAAGUCAGCUCCAAGAUGCUUCUUUUGAAAAUCUAUGAGCCACCGAUCUGCUCAAAGACCUUUGACAUUAAACACAAAACGAGAUUCAUGCACAACCUCUCGCUCUCUCAUAUGGCUGACACUCAGAGAAUUAUGGCAAAAAAUGGACUCAGUUUGCAAUGCACAGAUGGUUUCAGCAUUAAAGAAUUGAUGGAGCAUGAAUGUCACCACAACAUCCAAACUCAGAAGUCCAGAUAUCCCACAGAGCCUGACUUUACACACCUGAGUGAUAAAGGAACUGAGAACCCAGAAUACUUCACUGAGAGCCCAAAUACUAAUUUCUCACCAAGUCUCCAUCUAGCUGGGAAAAGCACAGAUGAAUCCCAAUCUAGUUCUGCUGAAGACACUCAAUCAUCAUUUAUCGACAUGCCUCUAUGCAUAACUGACAUCUAUACUAGUCAUGUUGUUGAGGUACUGUAUGUGUUUUAUACACCAUAUUGUUUCUAUGAUAAAAUAGAUACAAACCAACCAACCAACCACACAAUAAUACUGAUAAUACUGAUAAUUUCUUCAUCAGUUAACUGCAGUUUUACUUUGUUUCAGGUGGAAAACUCUGAAGUGAAGAUGUGGUCAAAUUACACAGAGUGUUGAUUUGUCCCUUUGAAACAAACUUUGAGAAUAAAUGUACAAAAACUUACCUUUAGGGUCACCUUCUUUACCAAUAAAGGGUGCAUAUUACUUUAGAGUAGUAAUAGUAAGCUACUCUUAGUAUACUAUUACGAACCCUUUAGUGGUAAAGCUGUACCUAGUUUUUACGAUUUGUAUUGUUAAAAAAAAAAAAAUUGCUAUACAAAUAAACUUGAAUUUACUUCUUUUCAUUUCUUUACUUUUCUGAGAGCGCAGGUCCAGGAUGCUGUUAGCUAAUGGAGAGGACAUAAGUUAAAAGACGUCCUGUUUUACUCAUAAAUGCAUUUCAUUUUUAUCACAUUGUUUUACUUUACUGUGUAUUUAGUCAAUAAAUAUCAUAAAAAAUAAUUUCUGAAACAUUUUGUUGUUCCUAUAAAAUCUUUUUUUUUUUUUUUUUUUUUAGCGGAAUUUCCUCUUCAGGAGAUCGAGCUGGGUCUAAUACUAUGGGGAACGCCCUCUGCGUGACCACACUCUGAAUCACAAUUUUUUUUUGGCCAGGCUCAGGUGGACCUUUUUGCGACUCAGGAGACAUCGCAAUGUCCCCUCUGGUUCUCUCUAGUUCAUCCAGCUCCUCUGGGACUGGACGCUAUGACUUGGCCGAGGCUUUGAUUGUAUGCUUUUUCCCCAGUCGCUCUGCUCCUAGGAGUUCUGUCGAAAGUAUGCCGGGAUGUUACUAGUAGCCACAUUCUGGCCGGGCUGAGUAUGGUUCUCAGAUCUGAUCUCGCUACUCGACAGCUCUCCAUGGAAGAUUCCAGUCAGGAGAGAUGACACCUGAUGGUGCAGAGAACACCAGCUUAACCUUAGCCUUAGCUCUGCUCUUCGGAUACACACUAGGCAGGGAUUUGGAAGUCUGGCAGUGUGGGCACCUCGUUCCCCAAAGUGUUUGAUGCAGCUCAAGUUCCUGAAGAGGAACGUCUCAGGUUAUGUAUGUAACCAUGGUUCCUCGAAGGAACGAGACGCUGCGUCUCGAAGCCAUUCUCCUGCCACACCUGCCAGCACUUGCUUCAUUCCUAGAGGCUGACGCUGGCACUGCCGCACGUGCUUUUAAGC